AUGUCUGCAUUUUCUGAUAAAAACUUCGAUGCUCAUCAGUACUCCAGUUUCCGACCAACUUACCCGUCGGAGCUCUAUGAGAUGCUGAUCCGGUACCACUCCAAGGGGAACGAUGGCCAAUUGAACACAAUUCUAGACCUUGGAUGUGGUCCAGGUGAAGCAUCGAUCCCUCUAUUGAGACAAUGUACCGGCAAGAUUGUCGCCACUGAUUUGUCAUCUACAAUGAUUGAAGUUGCCAAGACCAAUUUUCAAAAGGCAUUAACAGAGUUGCAUCUUACCAAUCAACCAGCAGUCACUGUGGCAGUCUCUCCAAGCGAAGAUGUUUCUAGUGUGCUUCCUGAAGAUGGUACUGUGGACUUGGUAGUGGCUGCCGAAUGUGUACAUUGGUUCCAAUGGGAUAAAUGGCUCACUGAGAUGAACCGAGUGUUGAAAGAAGGAGGUACGUUAGCCUAUUUUGCCUACUGUGACCCUGUGUUUGUUGGAAACUCGAAAAUGGAUGAAAUCUAUGAAAGAUUCACUUGCGAGAGUGGAGAGUUGGUCGGACCAUACUGGCAGCAGCCUGGAAGAUCUCGUUUAAGGCAUCUUUGCAAAGAGUUAAACGAUAUAGUGCUUGCAGAUGGACGAUUCACCGAUGUUAGGGUAGAGUAUUAUGAACCAUUGAAAAACCCCAGUAAAAAGGAGAAGAUGGUAAUUGAACGCAACUACACUAUGGAAGCAUUUAUGAAAUAUGUGGACACUUGGAGCGCCUCGCACAGAUGGAACAUGGCACAUAAUGGGAAAGAUGAAAAUGCAGCCGAAACCUUUUACAAAAUAGUCCAUCAAGAAUUAGGAUGGACCAAGCAGACAGAGUUCCCAGUGUCGUGGAAAACAAUGUAUGUCUUUGCCAGGAAGUUAUAG